AUGUUGUUCCGGACACAGAUGUUGCUCGUCCCGCUACUGGUAGUACUGUUGUUUGGGAUCGGUUGCCGGGCGGAAGAAACGGCCACAGUGGAACCACCAGAACCGCUCGACUUCUCGUACACUCGGCUUUGGAAGUACGCGCAGCAGCAGUGCGAUUUGAAGGGAAUAACGCAAACAGAGUUCACCAAUUCCUGGCUAACGGUACGGCGUUGCCUAAAGGAUACGCUCGAUGUGGUGCAGCUGAACGAAGACUCGAUGCGAAUGGAUGCCUCGAACCAGGAAGUGAUCCUCACAAGACACUGUCCGAAGCUGUACGAAGGAGUCAAGUGCUUCGAUCCGUUCGUUGAACUCGUGCGAACCUGUGUCGAUGAGGAAAGCUUCGAGAUCUUCAGCUCCCUGCGAGCUUGGUUCCGUGACAUUCUGGACUUUCUCUGCGAGAGCAAUGGAACUAAUUUUGUGUACGACAAGAAGAAGCAUGAUGCGUGUACGCGUGACCUCAACGUGCACCUUAUCACAUGUGCAGCCGAAAACAUGAACUUCAUUAUCACGCCCCAACUGAACCGAAGGAACCUGUCCGAGGAGUUCUGCAACAUGCUUACUAAGGCGAAGGACUGUUUGCUGGGGAAACUGAAACCCUGCGAUGUGUUCGCAAACGGGGCCCGGCUUUUCUACAAAAACUUCAUCCAGAUCACCUCCUGUAAAGCCACAACCGAUCAGCAUUAAGCAGCGAGGAGAUUUGCAAUAAAUUAACGAUCCAAACAUUUAACUCUCUGUUUGUGUCACGGUUACCAUGGUCACGCUAGCACGCCUGUGCACGCUGGGAUGAGAAUACACCUGACGAGCGU